GUUGGUAUACUGCAUGCAUAUGUGCAUGGUAUAUUCAUCUCGCUGUCGGGUAAUGUAUGUCAAAGUUUCUACUGAAGGAUAAUCCGUUCAUGAAUGUGGAGUUUUAACUAUCCAAUAAUGCAUUUCCGAUGGACAUUCGUUGUAUUGCUUGCCUUGAAACUUGUCUUGUCUUUCCCAGCAUCUAAUGCGCAUGAUCAACGCGUAAGUGUUUUACCUUCAAAACGAGAAAAUGGCGGCCGAGGACGCAUAUUGCUGAUGUUUCAGGGAUGCGGUGUAAAGACAAGUCUAUUCAAACUUGGCCUAAGACUCGGUCACGUGCUGAGGUCAGAAGGCUAUCACGUGAGUCUUGUCACCAUACUCCAACCAGACGAGCAUGAUGGUGUAGAGGAUGACCACGAGCUCAGAGGUUUCUCGAGGGUGGACGUCCUAUCUGAGGGCGUGAUCGACGAGUGCCGUUCCUUGAAGGGCAAGAUCUCGUCUAUGAGUGCAAGCAGGGUCGUUGGCACGCAGCAACUACUAGGUCUCCUGACGCCUCAGAGGAUCCUCUGUGAGGCACUUCUGGCAAACCAAACCACCAUGGCGCACCUCAGGAAUCUAAACUUUGACAUCAUCAUCAGUGAGUCGUUUGGUCCUUGUCAUAUGAUUCUGUCCCACCUUCUUGGCGGGAUUCCGACCGCGAAUUUUCUCGUCGUUUCUCCAAGUAGUCUACCCCAUGCUCUGUUUCCCCAGAAGAUGGAUAUGGACCAAACGUCUAUCCUUGGGAGACUCCAGUUUACCGCGGAAAUGAUGAGUCUCCAUCUAUUUUAUCGCAGGUUAUGGGGGUACUACAGCGAAAUUGCAAGUAAAUAUGGCAUCUCUACGUUAGGAAGUGUCUCCGAAUUCACGUCUUCAUACACCAAUGCGUCUCUAUGGUUUCUGAACGCUGACCCGGUCCUUGAUUACCCGUUAACUCUGCCACCAAACUUCGUCAUGCUAGGUGAUCUCACAUCCCACCCACCUCGUCCUAUUGUUGAUGAAGGACUUCGUCAGACUAUAGCUCAUUGUAGUUCGAAAGGGCACAUCAUUGUUUCCAUCAGCACCAUUGCCCGUCAGCUGAAGGGAACCACCGAGGAGACCUUGGUUGCAGGGCUGUCCAGACUGCCCUUCCAGACACUCUGGCGGAAUGACAGACCGAGCUUGCAGCCAUCACCAACCGAUAAUAUCCAUUAUACCGGCUGGAUGAAAAGCAACGAUAUGAAUGAUCUUCUUGGUCUCAACAGAACUGUUGCUUUUAUCACCACGGGAGGGCGUUGUGGUAUUAUGGAGGCGAUUUACCAUGGUAUUCCGAUGCUUUGCCUUCCCUUGAUGUCAUCUGACCAUCAUGAAAAUUGCGCCAAAGUCCAGAAAAUCGGCAUGGGUAUCGUGCUUGACAUUCACUCAUUCACAGCUGAUGACGUGUACGAUGCAGUCUUGAAGCUGACGCACGAGGAAAGUUAUCAGAAAAACGCCCUCAAAGCGUCGCACGCCUUCAAGUCCAAGCCCCAGUAUCCAAGAGAACGCGUUGCAUUUUGGGUAGAACACGUCCUACAAAACGGGGAUCGUCACUUGAAGCACGUUGGAUCUGGAUCGUUCUUAAGUUUGAUUUACUCUACAUGUCUGGACCUUGUUAUUCAGCUAUUCCUCAUUGCUUUUAUUUCUGCUUUUAUUUAUUUCAAGAUAAUAAAGUGAUGGCGCGAUGGGUCAGUGGUAGAGCAGUGCAUGGUCUCGUAACCGGGAGGUCCCGGGUUCGAAACCAAGUCGAUGCGCUAGUGCCCUUUGGUAAGGCAUUAAUCCGCAUUACCAAGUCCUUCGGAGAGGACUUAAAACCGUCGGUCCCCUGGUUGCUUACUUACAAGCGUACACAUGUUUUGUUAGCAUACAGGUAAAACUAACAAACCAACCAACUAAGAUUGUUAUUAAGUGGACAAUGAACGGACAUAGUUUGUGAUGAUUAGCUCUUAGCUCAUAUAAUGUUGACAUAAUUAUUGAUAUGAUUGUAAAAUACCAUCUGGAAAAGGUCUUUCAAAGAAAUUUGGAUGGAAUAUGACAAAAUUAAUAAAUCAAAAGAGUUUGAUUUUACCCAGUUUA